AUGGGAUAUUUAUUACCAAUUGGACUUUCUCUUCAUGGAUGGAAUAAUAAAAAAUAUGAUAUGGUAGAAUAUUACCUCAAAUACAUAUUUUUUUUUGUUAUUUUUGAAAAUAUGAUAACACCUUUAUUAGGAACAAUUAUUUACAAAAUUAAUCCAUCUGUUUGGUGUUUUUUACAUUUAUGUAUAUAUAUUAUAUUAAUUACUCCAAGGUUCAAUUAUUUGUAUUUAAUAUAUGAUACAGUUAAUAAAUUUACCAACCAAAAUAAUUUAACUUUAUUAUGGAAUAAUUAUUUAGUUAAUCCUUUAAAUGAUAAAGUUAGCAAGGUUAUAAAAAAAGUCAGAAAUUUAUAA